CGCCUUCCGGCCUUCCCGCCUCCGGGCCGUACUGUCUUCCCGCCUAGCCUUUCGGACCCUUCCGCCUUCCCGCCGCCCGCCAUCCAGCCGCGUGGCCUGGGCGCCUGGACUGAAGCCGCAGGGUACACCUCGCCCUGGGCGCCAGGAGAGAGCCCCCCCUGCGGAUCCCGCCCGCGGGCUGGCCUCGCCCCGCCGCCGCCAUUAUGAACAUCCGCAAUGCCGUGCCGCGGGACCUGAUGAACAUGCAACACUGCAACCUCCUCUGCCUGCCCGAGAACUACCAGAUGAAAUACUACUUCUACCACGGACUGUCCUGGCCGCAGCUCUCUUACAUUGCGGAGGACGAGGACGGGAAGAUUGUGGGCUACAUCCUGGCCAAAAUGGAGGAGGACUCGGAGGAUCCGCCCCAUGGCCACAUCACCUCCCUGGCGGUGAAGCGCUCGCACCGCCGCCUCGGCCUGGCCCAGAAGCUGAUGGACCAGGCCUCGCGGGCCAUGAUCGAGAACUUCGGCGCCAAGUACGUGUCCCUGCACGUCAGGAAGAGUAACCGGGCCGCCCUGCACCUGUACUCGGACACCCUCAACUUCCUGGUCAGUGAGGUGGAGCCCAAAUACUACGCGGACGGGGAGGACGCCUAUGCGAUGAAGCGGGAUCUCUCGCAGAUGGCAGAGGAGCUGAGGCGGCCGCUGGAGCUCAAGAAGGGCAGGUAUGCGGUGCUGGGCCCCAGGGAGAUCCAGGCGACGCCCGAGAGCACGCUUCCGGGAUCGGAAGGGCCCCGUCAGGAGAGGAAGAAGCCGGCCACGGGCAGUUGUGGCAGUGACAGCAAGGAAUCCAGCGAGUCCACGGACGGCGCCGAUGCCCAGGACAGCCCGGAAGACUCGGAUUCCACCUCCUAGAACCUGCUUAAGCAUCCUAGGUCUUUGUGUCUCAGUCUGUUUUCUGAAUCCUGGCUUAGCGUCUCACAAGGACCCCAAGCAAUGGCUUCUCACUCUCAACUCUCAACAACCUUCCACGUUCACUAUUGGGAUCGUGACAGAGCACCUGGACACAAGAGCCUGCUGCCCGGGAGCCAAGGAAGUCUGAGGCCUGCCAUCGCAGAAUCUCCCUUGGCCUGCUCAUACCAGGCUGCCGUUUUACUCUGCUUAUAGUGCUAUGUUGGCUGCGGUUGUCUU